GCAUUUGUGAUUUUGUGCACUUUGUCAGGUAAAAUUUAUAUUUAAGGGACGGUUAAUCAACAUUUGAAUAAGAUAUAAUUUAGUUUCACGUUUAUCACAGGUAAUGUAAAUCUACACUCUAACACUGAUUGUUAACAGAAAAUUAUUUCCACUGUUGAAAUACACAAGUUAAUAUUUGAGAUUUGAAAACAACAUUCGUUUUAUUUUGAUUUUUGAAGAAUCCAAGAUUUUUCUUUGGAGGGUAGAAUCCUUUGAUCAAUAUCGCACAGGAGCUUGAUAAAGACUUGUAAGAACUGUCUAUAAAGUCUGAUUGCUCGAAUUUUUUAACAAUUAAAAAUAUCAAAGAGAUCAAGUUAUGGAUCAGAGCUAUUGGGUGGUGUUACUGAUGAUACAAAUGAUGUUGAUCGCAAAGAAUCCUUGUGUUGGCUGGAGUAAAUGUUAUCCACCAUAUUUACCAAAUUGUCAAAAAAUCACUGUACCAUUGUGUAGAGGGAAUACCUCAAAAUACGAUAGGACUAGGUUGCCAAAUUUCUUUGGAUACUCCUCUCAAUAUCAGGUGCAACUAUUCACAGAACAAAGUAUAAUACAAACGCUAGUGAACAAUAAAUGUUCCAGAGAUAUUGUGUUCUUUUUAUGUGCAGUUUUAUUGCCUAUUUGUGUUAAUCCGAACGACAAAGAUGAUCCGAGUUGCCGACCAAUAAUUCCACCUUGCCGGAGCCUUUGUGAAAUGAUUUAUAACGAUUGUGCGCCAAGCUUAAGACGGUUUAACGAGACUUGGCCAGUUCAAUUGAAUUGUAGUAGUUUACCAUAUCGAAACGAAGGAAUGUGCAUCGAUCCUACGGCAUUUGUCUCAACAAAGAAAGCAAGGUGUAGUACAUCUCGACUGAAAACUGGCGAACGUUUCCGGGAGAGAAAUUUUAAUUUAAAAUCUAUGGAAUUAAAAAAAUACGACUACGCUUUUCGUUUAAAAUACAAGCGAUUCGGUUCAAAUUAUGGUGGAGAAAUUCUCUCAAAAUCAAAGUGUACUUCAAAGAAAUUGGACAAAGUUACUCAACUAAUUCUCCAUAAAAAUUGUCGCAGCAAAAUUUUUAAAAGGGAUGGUGACAUUUUGGUUUUUGCCAAGAAGGGACGCAGUAAAACAGUCCCAGUUGUGAUAGAAAGAGUGUUCGUAAAUAACAGAAGAAAUACGUUCAAACGAGCCUUACAGAAACAUAAAUGUGUCGUAAAAAAUAGCAACCGCAUCAACAAGAAGUCCAGGACAAAGGGAUAAUUUGGUACUACAACAAGACAAACGACAAAGGUCGUGUCUUUUGGGGAUGAAAAAAAUAUUCUUUUAAAAAACCUAUCAUUUGAUUUUAUGAAAAGCAUAGUUUGACGCAAAGUUGGUCAGAAAAAUAAAUACAUAUGUUGUUUGUAUGAUGUGUUUUGUUUUACAUCGAUCGUUUUAUAAAGACGAAAGAUAAUGAAUAGCUUUAAUAUGUAGUUGAUUUAUAUUGUGGGUAAAUUCAAUCUUGUAAAGUAGACGUAUAUGUAUUAAAAAUAUAUAUAAUAACGUUA